AUGCUAAAGCCAAAUUCCACAGCUGUGACUGAGUUCCUCUUUGAAGGUUUCUCUAGCUUUGGGUGGCAACACAGGCUUGUCUUGUUUGUUGUCUUUCUAAUUUUGUACCUGCUGACUUCUGGCAAUGUCAUCAUUGUGACUAUUAUUCGCCUGGAUCAUCACCUCCAUACUCCCAUGUACUUUUUCCUGAGCAUGCUGUCCAUCUCUGAGACCUGCUACACUGUGGCCAUCAUUCCCCAUAUGCUUUAUGGCCACCUGAAUCCUUACCAGCCCAUUGCUAUCCAAGGCUGUGCCACUCAGCUCUUCUUCUAUCUCACCUUUGGUAUCAACAACUGCUUCCUGCUCACUGCCAUGGGAUUUGAUCACUAUGUGGCCAUCUGCAAACCCUUACGGUAUUCAAUGAUCAUGGGUAAAGAGGCGUGUGUCCAGUUGGCAUCUGGUUCUCUGGAAAUUGGCCUGUGCAUGGCCACUGUCCAGGUCACAUCUGUAUUUGGCCUGCCCUUUUGUGAUGACUUUGUAAUCUCUCACUUCUUCUGUGACGUGAGACCCCUGCUGAAGCUGGCCUGCACAGACACAACUGUCAAUGAGAUCAUCAACUUUGUUGUCAGUGUCUGUGUCCUUGUUCUACCCAUGGGCCUAGUCUUCAUCUCCUAUGUCCUCAUCAUCUCCACCAUCCUUAAGAUUGCUUCAACUGAGGGUCGAAAGAAGGCCUUUGCCACCUGUGCCUCCCACCUCACAGUGGUCAUCAUCCACUAUGGCUGUGCCUCUAUCAUCUAUCUCAAGCCUAAGUCCCAGAGUUCCCUGGGGCAGGACAGACUCAUCUCAGUGACCUACACUGUCAUCACUCCCCUGCUGAACCCCGUUGUGUACAGCCUGAGAAACAAGGAGGUCAAAGAUGCUCUGUACAAAGCCAUGGGACAAAAGUCUCUCUCCUCUUAA